AUGACCUCGGAGUGGGGCGAGAAGUCCACAGCGGACCUCAUGAGCAGAUACGUCUCUAAGGAAAUGGGACAAGGGGUGCCCAAAGAGGGGUGGCGGAUCUGUCUGGCGCACGAAUUCAAGGAGAAGAGGAAGCCCUUUCAGGCCAAAGAUGUCUCACUGUCCAAUGUUAUGGAUCACAUCGGCCUGGGAAUCAGGUAUCUCAAAUGGUGGUACAAGAAGACUCAAGUGGAGAAGAAGGCUCCAUUCAUCGAUAUGUUUCGAGCUCUGCCUCUACGGCAAAUAUAUGGUGCUCCUCUCGGCGGUAUCGGAGGCGGCACCAUUACGAGAGGUUGGAGGGGGGAGUUCUGCAGAUGGCAACUAAACCCUGGGAUGUACCACUACAAAACCGUCAUAGCCAACCAGUUCACUGUGUGUUUGCGCCGCGGAGGACAAACGGUUUACCAGCAGGUUCUGUCCGUGGAGCGUCCGCCCACGCUGCAAGGCUGGAACUGGGGCUACUGCGGAGAGUACGCCUUCUAUCACGCCUUGUACCCCCGCGCCUGGACCGUGUACCAGCUGCCGGGUCAGAACGUCACCCUCACCUGUCGGCAGAUAUCACCCGUCAUCCCUCAUGACUACCAGGACUCGAGUCUCCCAGCGGCAGUAUUUGUGUGGGACAUAGAGAACAAGAAUGACUACGCUCUGGAUGUCUCCAUCAUGUUUACAAUGGUCAACGGGUCGGGACACAAGGACGACAAGAGCGGCGGCCACUGGAAUGAGCCGUUCCACCUGGAGAAGGACGGGGAGGCGGUGUCCGGAGUCCUGCUGCACCACUGCACCGCAGCGAACCCCUACACCCUGUGCAUCGCAGCGCGAGAGCAGGCUGACAGGGAGGUGAGCCAUCAGACGGCCUUCAGUCCAAAAGGAACCUGCAGCGGUCUGUGGAGCGACUUGAUCACUGACGGACGACUGGACUCCCCCACAGGGUCCAGCCCACCAACCCAGAAGGGAGAGAAGGUAGCAGCUGCGUUGGCGGUGAGCUGCUCGGUGCCGGCUCAUAAGCUCAACAGCCUGGAGUUCUGCCUGGCCUGGGACAUGCCCAGAAUCACCUUCGGGUCCAGGGAGAGGGAACACGUCAGGAGAUAUGCUCGUUACUUUGGGGAUAAAGGGGAUGCAUCUCCGUCCCUCAGCCAUUAUGCACUGACACACUACAAACAAUGGGAGAAAUCCAUUGAGGAGUGGCAGAGACCCAUAUUACGGGACAGUUCUCUUCCGCCUUGGUACAAGUCCGCUCUGUUUAACGAGCUGUACUUCGUGGCGGACGGAGGAACCGUGUGGACGGAGCUUUCGGAGGACGUUGAUGUCAGCGGCGGCGUGCGCAGUGAGGACGGCGGUCUGCCAGCUCAGCCUGCUCUCGUCAAGGAGUACGGCCGAUUUGCUUACCUAGAAGGUCAAGAAUACAGAAUGUAUAACACGUACGACGUGCACUUCUAUGCCUCCUUCGCACUUAUCAUGCUGUGGCCCAAGCUAGCCUUGAGUGUGCAAUAUGAUAUUGCUGGCACCGUGGUUCAGCAGGAUCCAACAGAGAGGCUGCAUCUGAUGAACGGCCGUUACUCUCCUGUCAAGACAAAAAACGUGGUGCCUCAUGACAUAGGAGACCCAGAUGAUGAGCCUUGGCAGAGGUUAAACGCUUACCUCAUCCACGACACUGCAGACUGGAAGGACCUGAACCUGAAGUUUGUCCUGCAGGUCUACAGGGACUUUCAUCUGACCCAGGACAGUCAGUACCUGCAGGACAUGUGGCCCAUCUGCCAGGCUGUGAUGGAGUCUGAGUUGAAGUUUGACCAGGAUGGAGACGGCCUGAUAGAAAACUCGGGAUAUGCAGAUCAGACGUAUGAUGGCUGGACUGUGACUGGAGCGAGUGCGUACUGUGGUGGGAUGUGGCUGGCGUCCCUGUGUGUGAUGUGUAAAAUGGCCAGACUGGUGGACAGUGAAGAGGCUUACCAGCGUUACAAGGACCUCCUGGAGAGAGGCAGUGCAGCCUUUGAUAAACUCUUAUGGAACGGAAAGUAUUACAAUUAUGACAGCAGCGGGAGGGCGCUUUCUAACAGCGUCAUGUCUGACCAGUGUGCCGGACACUGGUUCCUCAGAGCAUCUGGGCUGGAAGAAGAAGCCUAUCAGGCAUUUCCCAAAGAAAAGAUCCGGCGCGCACUGAAAUCUGUCUUUGAUUUGAAUGUAAUGAGCUUCUCUGAAGGCCACAUGGGCGCCGUUAAUGGCAUGCGUCCUGAGGGAGUGCCCGACCGCUCCAGUGUCCAGUCAGAUGAGGUCUGGAUCGGAGUUGUGUACGGGCUGGCAGCUACUAUGAUUCAUGAGGGUAUGUUGGAGGAAGGUAUGCGGACUGCAGAGGGUUGCUACCGAACAGUAUGGGAGCAGCUGGGAAUGGCCUUCCAGACUCCUGAAGCUUACUGCGAGAGGAGCAUCUACCGCUCUCUGGCCUACAUGAGGCCUCUUAGUGUUUGGGCCAUGCAGCUCGCUCUGGACAGGUCCCAGAGGGACAACCCUGUUCGAGCUAAAACCGGAGACACCGACGAGAUCGAAACCUGAUGUAUUACCUACAAUAGAAACACAAAACGGCGAUUCUCAACUAAAUUAACUGGGAAUCCCUUUCUCUUUAGCUUGAUUGGUUCAAUGGUUCAUUGUCUAAAUCAGACACUGUUGUAAUUAAACAAUCGUAUGCUAAAGGACUUUUCUGAUGGCACUGCAAGUUGUCUUACACUUUGUGUGGUCGGGCAUUUCCAAAACCAAGUCUCCAUGUAAUGCAAGUUAACAAUGCCAUCUUUUGUUUCAGCAACAUGUUGUCACAUUGUGCACAUGUACAUAUGCAAGCACUACAUUAGAUAAUAUGCCAAUAGUAUUUGCACAUUUGCAACAUGUCUGUAUGUAUUGUCAACUUUUGUUCUUACUCCAGUCCAGUUAAAAUGCUGUUAAGCAGUGAAAUGUGUGACGAGUGGUAUUUAAAUGUAUGGAAAACAAUAUUACCUUUUAUUAAUUAUUAAAUAGAAUUGAGUGCCUUUGAGCACUACAUAUAUGUAUACUGUUUAAGCAUUCAGUAUACAUAUGUUGCAGCAACUUGUUGUUUUUUUUCUAAAUGAUAGUCAUGACAAUCACUAAGAAUAAAGGACUGAAAUUUAACACGUUUUUUUUUAUUUUUAUGAAUUUAUACAUGCAAGUACCAGGCAACAAGGUGGUUUGAGCUGCUAACUUUCUCAGAUAUUUAAUCCUUUAAACAUAGCAAUCUUAAGUUAUGUUACAUUAUUAUACUGGCCAUAAACUGAACUUUGUCAGAUAUGCACAUCCUGCAACAGCAAUAAGAUAUACAGAUGCUGGAGGAAAGUCCAAAUCAUCCUGCCUUUAGGGAUGGAGAAAAGGAAGAUUAGGGGACAAACAAAGUGAUUUCACAGUUCUGAGUUCAAUCCCAGGCGUGGAAAUACUAUGCUGCAAUAGAACAUUUCCUGAACAAUAAUUGAGGGAAAUGAUUUGUCAGUUCUUUCAAAAACAUUUUUAACUGGAUUUUGAAAAUGAAAAGUCAACUUUAAAUUA